GUUCCACCGUGUUUCGCACGGACUGAUUUUUCUGACGGAUUGUAGCAGGCGUGACGUAACUGUGGAGGUCAAGUAACAGAGUGGCAACAUGGUAAAGAAAAAGCGUCUGCGGCUUAUAGCCGAGAUGGCACGGAAGAUCCGGGCCUACCGGGAGCUCAAGAACCGGCCAAGUGACUCUCAACGCUACGCGUUAGACUACGAAACCAUGACACGACCGUUCACUGGUAAAAAGCUACCAGUGCUGUCUUGGGAAGAUGUGCGAAGAGAAACCCGACUUUUUACACUGCUAGCUGGCAUGCGCAUGUUUGGCGUGGGGCGGCUCUUCACACGCAAGUCUUGGCUGGAUGAACAUACAGAGCCAUGUUAUUGGAAAAUAACAAAAGUCAAGGUGGAUUAUACAGCAGAAAAUAUGGACCAUGGAAAAGCAUGGGGCAUCCUAACAUUUAGAGGUAAAGAGGAACUCGCAGAACAUGAGGUGGAUAAAGUCAUGUACCAUGACUGGCGUCUGGUGCCCAAACAUGAAGAAGAGGAUUUUAAACUAUGUGACCCUGUCCCUGAGCCUCCAGUUCGUUACACGCAGUAUCCUCCUCUCCUGCGUGCUAUGAUUUUGGCUCAGCAAGCAAAACAGCUGGGUGUGGCAGCGAGCACUAUCCCAGAGCCCUCUUUACCAUUGAAACGGAAUGUGCUGCUCAGUAAUGAGUAUUUCAGGAGUCAGGAAGAGAAGAAAAAGCAGGAGGGAACACCUGUUUGAUGCUGGUCCUGUCAUAGUAAUUAACGGCUAUGGUGAUGUGAGUUCUGCCUCUUGAUGGUAUUAUUACAUAUUAAAUGGACAUUGCUCACAAUAAGAACAUGUUUUAUUUAAGGCUAUAGUUUGUAUGAGGUUUUCAUUGGUCAUUCUGAACAUAUAUGGUUAAUGAAGGGGGAAAGGGGAAGAUUUCAAAGGAGAUUCCUGUUGCUCAUGUGGAUAGGUGCUCAAACCCAGAGAGGGUGCAACCCUGUGUGCAAAGGCUGUUUUUUUAUUUUGUCUGUGAUAAAAACAUGUCUGUGUUCUGUAAGAUAUAUAAUUGAAAAGUAUGAUUUUUUUGUUUGCGUUAUUUGCAGCUAUUAAAUGUAUAAAUGUGGGUGA